CAUAAAUGAGGGGGUCUUUCUUUAGAUGUUUUGAAGUACAGUAACAUAAAUCAAGCAGGGUAAUUGUAAAGGGGGCGUGGCAAGGAAGGAUCAUUACGAUUGCCGUUCGUCGCCACCUGAUCAUCCUUCCCAACCUCCACUCCCAAACUUCAUCAACACAGCUCACGCGCCAGCACUUGAUUUUCGGCAAUCCAUUUAUCCCAUAGUUUCGUGCGGUCUGGGCUGUGAGUCAAGAGUCAGUCAGCAUAUCGAUAAGGUGAAUCCUCGCAAUGACAGGACAUCACUGGGGAUACGGAGAGGAGAACGAUGCAUGGCACAAAGACUACCCAAUCGCCCAGGGCAAUCGCCAGUCUCCCAUAGACAUAGUUCCUGAGGAGACUGUAUACGAUGCCACCCUUCCUCCCAUAUUCGUCUCCUACGACCACUGCAACUCAAUCAACAUCUGCAACAACGGCCACUCUGUGACCGUGGAGUUUGAUGACACCGAUGACAAAACAGUAAUCAGGGCAGGCCCCCUUGACAACGCCUACCGGCUGAAACAGUUCCACUUCCACUGGGGCGGGAAGGGCAGCCACGGCUCCGAGCACACCGUCGGAGGGAAGACCUACGCUUCAGAGCUUCAUCUGGUGCACUGGAACGCAGACAAGUACAAGACAUUUGGGGAGGCAGCGGCAGCCCCCGAUGGCCUGGCUGUCCUUGGCAUCUUUUUAGAGAUCGGAGAUGAACACGAGGGUUUACACAAGAUAACAGAUGCUUUAUACAUGGUGAAGUUUAAGGGAAGCGUUGCAGAUUUCAAAGGUUUCAAUCCCAAGUGCCUCCUACCUAACAGCCUACACUUCUGGACCUACCUGGGUUCACUGACCACGCCACCUCUUCACGAGAGUGUCACCUGGAUCGUUCUGAAGGAGCCAAUCAUAGUCUCAGAGAAACAGAUGGGAAAGUUCAGGAUGCUGCUCUUCAGCGGAGAGGAGGAAGAGAGCAGGAAACGCAUGGAGAACAACUUCCGACCCCCUCAGCCCUUGAAAGGCAGGAAGGUGCUAGCAUCCUUUGACUGACAUGACUGUAAAUGACCUCCAGGUGGCAUAAACAAAGUGUGGUCUAUUAUAUGCGAGAGUGAAUGUCUGAAUAGCGUUUAUUCUCAACCUUGAAUAUCCUGGCCUGAGUUUUACUACUGAUGAUGAAUAGAGAACAAGGGGUAUGAAACAGCACAUCUCCCUCUACUGGUCAAUUACCUUCAACAGCACUUUAAUUGAAUGUCAGAUGCCAAUAUCAACAUUUGAAUCAGUCAUAAUGACUAUGUGCCCUCUGCACAGCUCUAUAUUUUGAAACAUAAAUUAGUAGUGAUCUGUAAAAAUUUUAUGAAGUGAAAGAUAUUGCUCACAUAGCCAUCCAGACAUUACCUUGACAGAAUACAGCGUAAUGUAUGUAACUCUGUAGCUAAUACAUUUUUUUAUCUGAUUGUACCUUUUCAAGCAAAAGUCAACGUGGCCUCAAAUGGAGUAGUGAAAAGCAUUUAAGUCAAUGAACAGUCACACUCACACACACAAACACACACACCAUUUUCCAUCCAGGCUGCUAUUGUUUCUAUGCAAGGUGCUAUAUCUUCUUCCCAAGAGUUUAGCCACACCCUUAUCCACCAUUGGAAGAUGACGCCAGUGCUCUGUAACAUGUUGUCUGAAUCCUGACAGCCUUUUGGUGUUAAUCUAUGUCGAUCCAUAUUUAGCUGGGCUAUUGCAGCUGGAUCCACAUUGUCCUUUGUUGCCAUAUAUACUUUAACCCAACAACCACAACUGUAGGUGGAAUUCGAUCAGCGAAUAGCUGCCAAAUCCCAAUUGCUCAACUGUAAGUUAAGAGUUUACGCCUUACUUUUGUGGUGGUGUCCAAGACAACAAUGCUGAUCUAUGUUGUAAUGAUAAGAAGUCCGCUUACACUGUACUUUGAUUAUAAAGGUUUAUUUAUAUCAAAGGGUUCCAGCGU